UAUAUAUAUGCACACACACAAACAAUCACACAGACACAACACUCCAAUUUCACUCCGAAUCUCUUCCUCGGCGCCUUUUACACAUCCAUCUUUUUCGCUUCGUUUCGGCAGCAGAAUCAAUCCAAUCCCCUUAUUAUUCUCGUCUUCUUGUCGGAAUACUUUCCUCAAGAUGUUCGGGUCCACCACUCACUUUGGGCAGUCUUCCAAUGGGUCAUUUGGGUCCCGAUCGGGUUUCGGACAGAACAGCAAUGCAAGUAGCAAUCUAUUUGCUUCCAAUCCAUUUGGGAGUUCAACUCCUUUUGGUUCAUCUACAGGAGGUUCAGUAUUUGGUGGAACUUCCACGGAUGUGUUUGGAGUAAAUUCUCCGCCAGGUCAAUUUCGACAGUCAACAUUUGGUUCCCAAUUGCCUCCUGCUUUUGGAACUUCAACAGCUGCUUUUGGUGCUCCCUCAGCCCCUGCUUUUGGGACCUCAUCGUCAUCCGGUGCAUUUGGAUUGUCAUCUAAUGCCCCAUUUGGGGCCUCAUCAGUUUUUGGGCAGAACAGCAAUACAAGUAAUCCAUUCACUGCCAAGCCAUUUGGGAGUACAACUACUUUUGGUACACCUACAGGAGGAUCUGUAUAUGGCGGAACUUCAACGGGUGUGUUUGGCCUAAACUCUCCGUCCUUAGGUCAGCAGUCAACAUAUGGUUCCCCGUCGCCUCCUGCUUUUGGAACUUCAACAGUUGCUUUUGAUACUCCUUUGGCCCCUUCUUUUGGGACCUCUUCAUCAUCUUUUGGUGGACCUUCUAUAUUUGGCGUGAAGCCUCCUUUUGGAGGAUUUGCAUCAAGCCCCAACCAAUCUACCUCAUUUGGGAGUGCGUUUGAACAAGCCCAAACUACUAUUGGGACCAAUCCAUUUGGUUCGUCUUCUUCCUUCAGUGCAUCAAUCCAAAAUGCAUUUGGCUCCUCAUCUACCUCAGGCAGCACACCUGCAACAUCUUUUGCAUUUGGAACCGGUGGUGCAUUCAAUGCUGCAAAACCAUUGGGACCAUCAAGUACCAAUGGUUGGGGGGUAUCAACUGGUACUGGUCCAUCUUUUUUUGGGACUCAAAGUUCCUCUGGAGGUCAGUCCACAACCUCAACAUUUUCUUUUGGACGUCAACAAAGAGGAAGUAGAUUAGCAGCGUACACUGCAACUGCAUCUGAAGCAGUUGAAGGCGGCAGUCUGCGGUCCAUUUCAGGCAUGCACAUUAACAAAGACAAAAACCAUGAAGAAUUGAGGUGGGAAGACUAUCAGUCCGGAGACAAAGGUGGGAUGGGAACUGGUGGUUUCACAAUUCAGUCAAACUCCUUUGCUCACCCGCCCCCUUCUACAUUCACUUCAUUACCUUUUAACACAUCCCCAUCUGUUAACUCUGUGAUGACAACAUCAUCCUCUGCACCUUACCAAUUUGUAGCACCACCAAUCUCAGCAUUUUCCUGGAAUCCUACUUCAGGCUUGUAUUCUGCUAACACACAACCAUCCCCAGUAUCUCAGUCUGUUGUGACGCUUCCAGUGACUUCUUCAUUUUCAAGCAAUGUUCCUCCGGUUGAAUUUACCUCUGGCGUGAGUUCUGCCAACACACAACCAUCCCCGGUAUUGCUGUCUGUUGUGCCGCUUCCACAGACUUCCUCAUUUCAAGGCCUUGUUCCUCCGGUUAGUCAACCCAAUGUAUCCAGUGAAUCAUCUAUGCCUCCUAUGGGCAAUCAACCUGAUCUUAGUCAAACAACUCCAUUUUUAACCACUCCUUUGCAGCCAACUCAAACAGCUCAGACAGGUGCUUUUGCUAAUAGCGAGUUUCCUUGGUCAUCAGCAGGUUUAAGUGGAUUUGCAGACACCGCAGGAGUUCUUGGACAGAGCAUCUUCAGUCUACCGUCUUGUACUCAGAACACUGAGGUAGCGCAGCCAGUACCUUGUCAGCUGUCAAUUAGUCACCUUGGUUCCACGCCUCCAAUUUGCUAUGGGAUUUCUAACAUGCCUGUGCUUGAUAAACCUGCUGCUACUGUCAGAGUGUCAUCCUUGCUGACAUCUCGACACUUGUCUCACAGAAGGAUCAGGUUACCAGCCCGAAAAUAUGAUCCUAAAAGUGAUGGCCCGAAGGUGCCAUUUUUCAGCGACAACGAAGGACUGCCCCCAGCAGCUAAGGGAGGUGCUGUAUUUUUUCGAAGGGAGAAUCCUAGAGCUUUGGUGGUUCUUCCAGCUGAACAGUGGCCACAGAGGUUUGACACCGAGAAAAUGUCUCAACUGGUGCAUGCAUCUUUGCAUGUGUACAAGAAUGGUACAAUCUCCGCAGAGGUUUCUGCACCUGCUUUAGUAAAUGGUUCUUUGUGUCAGUAUGAAGACGAUCAUUUGGUUGAAAAUACCAAAUCCAAUCAUGAGCGCAAGGAACACGUGACUGAUGUGGAGGCAUCAAUGCCACGACUCAGUUGCUCUGAUUACUACACAGAACCUCAAGUCCCUGAGUUGGCGGCAAAUGAAAGGGCAGAACCAGGAUUCUGCCAUCAUGUGAAGAAUUUCGUGGUGGGACGUCACGGCUAUGGAAGCAUAACGUUUUUGGGAGAGACGGAUGUGAGGCACCUUGAUUUGGAUUCACAUGUCAAGUUUAAUAACCGUGAAGUGAUGGUAUAUAUGGAUGAGAGAGACAAACCACCGGUGGGAGAAGGUCUCAACAAGGCUGCGGAGGUGACUCUUCUCAACGUGAAGUGCAUUGAUAAGAUGGGGAAUCGGUAUAUAAAUGGUCCAAAGGUGGAUAAAUACAGAGAGAUGCUAAUCAAGAAAGCGAAAGAGCAAGGCGCCGAGUUUGUUUCUUAUGAUCCUGUGGAAGGGGAGUGGAAAUUCAGAGUCCAGCACUUCAGCCGAUACGGAUUUUGACAGGGUUUUUCUUUUUUGGUGAUUUCUGAUGCUAAGGAUAGAUUGGCACCUUUUCUUCUAUCAACUUGUUGAUUAUGUUGGGUUAGAGAGUCUUUGUAUCCAUGGGAGUGCUUUUCGGACUUCUGGAAAAUUUGCUUGGUCCUGUUCUCUUCUCGUUUUGGUUUGGAGUCUGUAAAUGAUUUUGGGGUUCAAUGUAAAUGCAGUAUAGUUCUUCUGCGAAAUAGAAUUUAUGAAAGCACUUCUUUCUCCA